AUGGCCCUAUUGAGAGCUGAGAACCAGCAACUUCGGGAGGCAAAUGCACUGCUAAGUAAGCGGCGUAGAGCUAAAAGAUCGCGACUACGUCAAGGUGGUAGCAUGACUAUUGCCGAGGGACAAGCUCUCCAGGACCAGAAUGACGUGGAUGAGCAGAUAAAGCAAGAAGAUCGCCAGUUGAGAAGUCGGAAGCCUCGGGAUGAGACGAAGGGUCGACGAUGUGGUGUGUGCGGAAAGACCGGUCACAAUGCGCGCACUUGUCAGAUUGACAUAGAAUCAUCUACAGAAGAGCGCAGCAGUAAAGAUUAA